AGCCCCCUUUGUCCUGUUCGCUCUGAACGAUCAGAAUUACGAGAUUACGCGAGCCAUAUGCUCUGGCGGGCUCUCGUUAUACGUGGUCGGUGGCUUUCUGCCUUGUCAGGGAAACCCUUGAGGUGAUAUGCUUCUACUUUUCUCUUCGUGCUCAUCGCACGGCAACUGGGUGUGUCACUAAUGAGUGUGCUAAAUGGUUAGCACGUAAUGCUCGACUACUGGUCGGGUCUCAAUCUCUCGGGACACUCGCCACUAUAAGGCCGUCAAAUGCUACUGAAGUGCCCGGUGCACCAUUCGCACUUAUGGAGUACUUCCAUGCUAUUCGACUGGCUCACCAGCUCUCAUCCUCGUUGACAUCUCACAGAGUGCCACCAAUAUAUGGGCCUCACCGACACAUGCCACUACAUUCACCAUCCAGGCACCCUUAUCACUAUCACCAGUAUCAAAGCCCCGUAUAGCACUCAUCGGUUCAGUCAGUGCUGUGGGACCAUACAAUGAUCUCGACAGCCUGGAAGAAUGUUAUAUUGACAGACACCCAGAUGCCACCUCGUGGUUGCCAGGGAAGUCACCAUUUCAAGUAAGCCCAUGUCCAAUGGGCUCGAUUUGAUCCUUCCGUUAUAUAUUAUGUUGGC